AUGCCGUUCACAAUCGUGCAAACUCAUGGGCCCAAAGGGUACGGUGAAUUGUGCAUCGUGCCUGACUCUUGGGUACAAGGAACAAGCAAAAAAAAAUAUUUAUUUUGGCCAAACGUAAAAGGAACCAUACAAAAUCUUAUAAUGGAUGAUAACAGUGUUCCGGCGGAUGGUUGGACGAAACAGGAGUGUCGGAUCAAACGACAAGGACUGUCGUAUGCUGAUGCUGAUUCAGCAAUGAUGAUUAUGUCCGGCGAAUCAUCAUCAGAUUCCGGAGUCGCACCGAUAUACUCGAACAUGAGAAAGCCAGCACCGUAUGCUAAAAUGUUUUCAGAAAGAGUUGUGGAAAACUCUUCGAAAGCAAGGCACAACGAGAGUGAAAUCGUUUACACAUUACCUCCAACACCACCUCCAGCAAGCUCAUCGGUAUUCGAUGAAAAUGUGAUAAUGGUAACAACAGAUGAAUGCACUAAUUGCAAAACGUUGAAGGCAUUGUUGGAAGCCCAAACCAAUUUGUUAUUAGAUUUUCGUGCCGAGCAAAAGCGUGAACAUGAGCAGGUCUUAAAAGAAAAUAAGAGAAUAAUGAAUCGGUUGGGUAUCAUUGAAGUGCAACUAAACACUUUACUUAAUUCUAUAGAAGUGACCAAUAAUGAUCAUACCUUCUCUGAUCAUCCGUUCAUUGCAAGCGUUGCAGAUCUGGAAAAAUUGGAAAAAGAUUUAGAAGAUGAGGAAUAUUUUACACAACUUACAGAUUUAAUGAAACAACAACUUCAUGAUAAAGAUGUAAAUAAUAGAAUGUUGGUAGCCCUUGAUGCUCUUUUCCAAAGGGUUUUUUUAACUCAAUGCACAUGGACAGGUAUUUCAAAAACAGGAACUAAAAUAGCUAUGCAUUCAUAUCAAAACAUAUUAAGACUAUUUAAAUGUAUAGGAAGUACAAAUAUGGUAAUAGUAACACAUGAGAUGGUACGAAGUUUUUUCAUGAAGAUAUUGAAACACGCAGUAGAGCGAUCGAAGGCUAAAGGUGUUCGCAAAUCAACUUGCCGCAAAAGAAAAUUAAUAUAGUUUUUUUAUUACUUGAAUAUAUUUUUUAAUAUUU